AUGGCGAUCUGUUCUUUCAAUGUACGAACGCCUGCAUCGGAAGCGGGUAUUGCAAACCUGACCACGCAAGCUAGGAAGAUCAAGUACGACGUCAUCGGAAUGACCGAGACGAGAGUGUAUUGCAGGUUACACUCCGUUUUCGACACUGAAGGAGAAUUUUCUCUUGGAACAUGCGAUAGUAGAGUGAAGAACCACACUAAUGUUAUUGCCGGUGAUUUUGACGCCAAGGAUAGUCGCAGAAGAGCGGCUAAAGAGCUUUACGUUGGGACUCAUGGGAUGAAAUGGAGUAAGCACGGUGGAAAGCUGUUCGAGCUAUCCUGUCGAUCGACUACAUCAACGGGAGAGCUGCAAAGUCUAAGAAAAGAAGCUCAAAGACAUGGGAUCUCCAUUCCUCCUGCCACUUUAUGGGAAGAUUCCGCUAUCAACAACAUCGAUGAAGAAUGUUUGUCUCGUUCAAUACCAUCACGAUAUUGCUAUUAUGGCAAAGAAUCCACGGUUGCCAAAAUACUACCACCUUUCAAAAACUCUCCAGCUGAUCCGCCACCGUAA